UGAUGGCAACUUCCACUGACACAUUCUUCCCGUUAUCAUCCUGAAAUAUUUCAACAAAGUGGAUGAUGAGGCACAGACGUUCCACAGGAACGGUGUACAGAUGUAUGAUUAUGUCACUCCUGCUCCUCCACCUAACACCUCCACUCCAAACUAAGUUUGCUCUGCUGCUUUGGUUCACUGAUCUAAAAAGAAAGUGCCCAGCCCAGCAGGAUGAAGAUGGGCCAUACGUCAAGAAGCCGCCAAAUGCCUUCAUGCUCUAUCUCAAAGAGCAGAGGCCAAAGGUCAUUGCUGAACUCAACAUCCCUGGAAGUGCAGCCGUAAAUGCAGUGGUGGGACAGAGAUGGAAGUCGCUUUCAAACGACCAGAAAGCCAGAUAUUUCAAGCAGGCUGAAACAGAAAGACAGAAUCAUGCCAAAGAGCAUCCAGCCUGGUCGACCAAAGAAAACGAUGGCAAGAAGAGGAAGAGAAUCAGACUUAGAAAAGAAUCUGCAUCUGUACAUGAAGAAGUUGUUCAACAAGCCAACAACUUGCGUAUGAGGCCAGCUGAGUCACAGCCAUCUUCUUCUUCUCAUUCAUUUCUGACAGAGCCACAUGAGCAGCCACAGACAAAGCCAGAUGACAGCAGCGUGCCUCGCCAGCAGCCAGUGUGUUUGCAACUGCCAAACACACAGGCAUCACCCUACACACCUCUCUGUCAAGAAAAUCAGGUCUCCCCUGCCUCUCACAUGAAUUUCCCUGAGGACACCUCAUUGGACUCCCCUGUUGCAGCCCUUCAGUUCCAGACAGAGGAAGCCUUUGUCGCAGACAGUGAGGAAGAACUGCUGUCAGUGCUGGAAGAGCUCGACCCCCUCCCCAUCACUGCGCAGUCUCAGCAGCCCUCACCCACCCCUGCCUCUCCUGUAGAUGCCUCUCAAACUGCAUCAGUUCAACCCCGAGUUGAAUUAUUUCAAGACCGAGAUGAGCCCAUCUGUUUUGCUGAAAUCCAAGAAGACAUGUGGUCAGUGCUUGACUACCUCCCCGUCUCUCAGCAGUCUAAUGUGCUCUCCUCUCCUCAUUCACACAACUACUCGACUCCUAAACAAAAUCUCAUCCGUCCUGCUGAUUCCCCUCCAUCCAAACUGGCGUCCUCCCCUGUUGCAUUCACUGAAUUGCCGUCAACAACCCCCAUCUUUUGCCAACUAAUGAAAAACAAUAAUUUCAUUAUAGACUAUUGGACUGAUUUCAAUUGAAUUAAACUGUUACUCCUGUUAUUUCAACAUCUGUCUUUGUGUAAAUAAAUGAAAAAA